CAGUAAGAGGUCUGAACCAUUAAGUGCUGAACCAGUAAGAGGUCUGAACCAUUAAGAGCUAGUAUAUUGCUUAACUAUUCAGAGGCAAAUGUCUGAUCAAUUCAGAUAAGAGGUCUUAACCAUUCAGACUCUGUAUAAUACUUAACCAUUCAGAGGCAAAUCUCUUAACCAUUCAGACAUCUGAACCAUUAAGAGGCUGAAACAAACAGUCUGAACCAUUAAGUGCUGAACCAUUCAGACAUCUGAACCAUUAAGAGGCUGAAACAAACAGCCCCUUAAUCUCUAUUUUUUAGAAUAAUUUUAAUAAUUUGUCUUUUUAUAACAUGAAAAUUCUUAUACACAAUCAUUUAUUUCUAAAGAGCUGAUCAUCUAUCUCCGUCUGAUUGUGGAGUUUCCAGUCGCCCCCCUCUCGCGUUGAGUUGUUGAGACUCGUCAAUCCCCUUUUCUGUGUUUCUCCCCCAGUUCAUGCCCCUUAAUCGAACGCUACGAAUACGAAUGCCCAAAAUUCCAGUACAGGAACUUUUAGUUGAAAACGAAGUCCGCUUCUCCGCAGAACCCAGCAGAUCAUCGAUCUCUUCUUCCCAUCAAUCAGGUACACUUUAUCACUCUCAGUUUCGGUCCCGUUCAUUUGAAAAGGUUGGAGGUCGCCGUGACGGGAAUGAGGAUUGUGAAUUUUGCGCAAAACAUCUGGCCUUUCUCAGUAUUCAAGCGCGACGACUUGAGGGUUUCGGAAGGGUUAGUCAGGAAAUUAUCGAUCCCGGAUUGCACCAAACGGUUCGUCUACGCGAUUCCGGAUCCCGACUCGGACGCUGUUGUGUACGUGGUGUGCGUGCAGAACCUCUCCGAGCAGUCGGCCUCGGAUGCCCAGUGCCUGAUUAGGGAAAUCCGGCCGGAUGCCGUGGUGGUCCAAGUGGAUAACAUGACUAGUGAUGCUCUCAGGGAUGGGAGUGGGAGUAAAUGCGAAAAGGGUUUCGUGAAAUCCAUACUUUUUGGUGGAAACGAAAACGUUUGCGAGGAGAAUUCGGUUCCGACCUCUGCAAUGGAGGUGCUAAGGAGGUGCUUUAUGCACAAGAUCAACAAGGAGAAGUAUGAGAGCAUGGCUGGGAACUUGGUUUUGAGUGAGAUUUUCGGCGUAGGGUUUGAUGGAUAUAUGUUGGCAGCCAAGAGAGCAGCAGAAGACGUUGGCUCAGCUCUUUUGUUGCUUGAUUCUCCUUUUGUUAAAAGCACCGACGAUGCCGAGUGUUCUACUACAGUGGGAGACAAAGGGUAUGGAGUUCUAGGAGUGAGGGCCCAUAGUAAUUCAGUUCUUCAAAGAACAUGGCAAAGUUUUCAUACAAAUAUAAGUAUCCAAACUCAAAUGGUUAAGCUAUUAUCAUCAUCAUCAUCGUCGUCGUCAUCACAUUUGCUUAAUUCCACUUCUGUUUCAAGAAACGAGUCCGAGAGUAUCAGUCCACAAGUGCAGUAUCAAGUUCCCCCAUUUGCUCAGUCUGUGUACCCUUUACUUGUUGAUUUGCAUGAUAUUUUUAUGGACAUCCCUUCAAUAACUAGAGCACUAGCUUAUGCUCAGAAAAUGUUGUACGAUGUGAGUAGAGGAGAGAUGGUGAAAGCCGAGGUCCUCUCUGAAGUUUAUGUAUUCAGAAUUGCAGUCGAGUCGUUGAGAAUCACCUUAAAUAAUGCCAGUCGGCUCCCUAUUAGUAAAACCAAGAACGGAAUCCGAGAGUUUUCUGAGUUAUCUAUUGAGGAUAAAUCACAUGCACUUCUUGCCCAGGCUCUCAGAAGCCAAACAAAAAAGUUCAAAACAAUCGUUGCAGUACUGGAUGCACGUGGGCUAAUCGGGCUUAGGAAACACUGGAAUACCCGUGUACCCCAGGAAGUUAAGGAUAUGGUUGACCAGCUGGUGAUUGGCUGGGAGAGUGGGGAAACUUCAAAGAUGGACAGAAAAAGCUUAUUAGCCGGGAAACCAGUUGUGGCAGUAGGGGCAGGUGCAACAGCAAUGAUAGGCGCUUCAUCCCUAUCCAAAGUUGUCCCAUUGUCCACUGUUAUGAAGGUCGUCACCUUCAAAUUUCCCACCUCAUUGAAACUGAUGAUGACCCAGUCCCAAAAGGUUGCAGCAAUUAUGCUUGGGAAAUCAAAGGUUGCAGCUCCGGCAGGUAUGGGGCUAAAAUCCUCUUUCUUUAAGACAGCUGCUUCUACAGGGAAAAUUAAGGCAGUGGCCCAUGGCUUCAUAACCUCAGCUCAAAAAACUAGUUUCUCAGCUAUGAGAAGUGCUUUCUAUGAGAUUAUGAGGAAACGACACGUACGUCCGAUUGGGUUUUUACCGUGGGCCACGUUUGGGUGCAGUGUGGCCACCUGCUCAGGAUUAAUUGUUUAUGGGGAUGGGAUUGAGUGCGCUGCCGAGUCACUUCCCUCUGCUCCUUCAAUUGCAAGUUUGGGUCGUGGGAUUCGGAGUUUGCACGAGGCCUCUAAGGCUGUGGGGCACUUUAGAGUCCCUUCUUCACAGUUAAGAACAUAAAAGGUCAGAUACCUUUCUUUUGUGAGGCACUUUUAUAUUGGCCAUGUUUGCCAUUGCUUUUCGCCCCAGCUUUAGGCGCCC